AUGGAAAGUGUUUGUCUCAAGUGUGGCGAUGUAGGUUUUAUCGAGGCGAUAGUUUUUUGUAACAAGUGUGAGGCUUGUGCUCUUCACAGGUACUGUUUAGAUGGACCUGUGAUUUUUACCGAUGAAGUUAUAUGGUUUUGUGAGGAUUGUGAACCAAAGCAAAUAUCUCAAAAAACUAAAUCUAGAAGUUUGGCCAAUAACGCACUCCGAACCCGAAGAAAACUGAAACAUUGUGUAAAGAGACUGAAGGUAAGAAACCAACAGCACAAAAAGAAGAUUAUAGAGGAGCGGAAGAAUGGAAAUGUUAACUCUGGCAUGCAUAAUAUCAGCCACGAACAAGAAACUGAAUCUAAAAUUGAGUGUGAACCAGUUCGAUCAAAUGCACCAAAUACCAAUGUUGUUCCUAAAUCUGUUCUAAUCUCUCAAGUAACUGCCACUGAUGAUUUAAUUCCAUUAGAAGUUCAUGUUGAUGCACAGCCGAUUGCUGAACCAAUGUGGAGGGGAAAUUUGCUCUUCUGUGAUAAAAGUAAAACUAUCGGUACUGUCCUGGCCCAUUUGUCCAGUUUAGCAUCCCCCAAAGUUCUGGAGGAAGCUGAUCUUUUCCCAGAAGUGCUUUCCGCUGAUUUGCUUCCCAGAUCUGUUGUGUGGCCUAAUAGCUUCAAGAAGGAAGGACCAACUGAUAAGAGCAUUGCUCUUUAUUUCUUUCCAGUGAAUGAAAGGUCAUCGAUAAACGCCUUUGACAUGCUGGUUGAUGAUAUCAUUCGGACUGAUGAUGCCAUAAGAGUCGCGACCGAAAAUGCAGUGCUUUUAAUUUUUCCUUCCACCUUGCUUCCAACCCAACAUCAGAGGUUUCAAUCCAAGCAUUACUUGUGGGGUGUCUUCAAGAAAAAGAAAACUUCACUCAAGACAAACGAUGCUGUGUGCUGA